UCUGUACUGCCAUUGAAAAAAAUUCCUCCUCAUUGAAAGAUUGAUUAGGCAUGAAAGCUUGUGCUGGAUGGCGUCGUUUCCUCCUUUGCUUCCCACUUAUUUUCAUCCUUCCUCACUUGUUCUCUGGUGUUCUGGAAUUGCACCAGAACCAAGCAGUCACAGACGCCCCCAAGGAAAACACGAAGAAAUUUGAUGUUCAGAAUUCAUCGGCAAGGGAUGAAGCCCCCAAGAAAAUAACCAAGAAAUUUGAUCAUCUUGUUCUUGGACCCGCUUCUGGAGAAGGCUUGCCCAACCGUUUGCAAUGCCAAGGAGUUAAAGCUCUCAACAAGACCCAUUUUUCAAACCCAUCUCAUGCCUCUGGUGUUGGAGAUGGUAUUGCAUUUGUCACUGUUUUUACCAUAUACAACAGCUCACCUGAAACUCCUGUGAAUAGUAGAUUGUCAAACUCAGUUACUGUUGGGAAUGCUUCUUAUAGCAAGCCAGAGAGAUCGAUGGCCAUUUUGAACGUCUUCAUUAACUUCAUUCAGAUGAGAAUGCCUCAGAGCAAUGUUAUUAUUCUGACUGAUCCAGAAUCAGAUCUCUCAUUGCACCAAAACGGAGUUACUGUACUUCCCAUUCGGGGUGAAUAUUCCAGAGACAAGUUGAUGCUUCAAAGAAUCAGGUCUUACAUUACCUUUCUCAAAAUCAAGCUUGAGAAGCUAUCUCAGGAGCAGGGGCACAUAACUCAUUUCAUCUUUACGGACUCAGAUAUCGCUGUAAUUGAUGACCUGGGUCAGAUAUUUGAACAGUACCAAGAUUUUCAUUUGGCUCUUACUUUCAGGAACAACAAAGACCAGCCUCUGAAUUCUGGAUUUAUUGCUGUGAGGGGUACCCAUGAUGGUAUUUUAAGGGCAAAAUAUUUUCUAGAAAAAGUAUUGGAAGUAUAUAGCUCCAGAUACAUGAAGGCUUCCCGAAUGCUUGGAGAUCAGCUGGCCCUUUUUUGGGUUGUAAAGUCCGAUGCUUCAUUUGAUGCAAAAAGAUUUAGUAAAGCACAGGCUUUUACCAAGCAGAUUGGUGGUGCAUCAGUGCUGUUUUUACCAUGUGCUAAAUAUAAUUGGACACCGCCGGAAGGUGCUGGUCAGUUUCAUGGCAUGCCUCUGGAUGUCAAGGUUGUUCAUUUUAAAGGAUCGAGGAAACGCCUAAUGCUUGAGGCUUGGAACCAUUACAGUUCUACUACUGAGAUUUCAGAUAUGUUGUGCCUCAUCUUGAAGAGUGGGAGAACAAAGUAUGAUUUUUGAGUGAUUUCAUUUGGUUUUAUAGUGGAUACUGCAUCUUAUGAGUUAUGAUACAUUGAUGAAGGGGAAUGAAUGCCUGGGAUUUGGAAAGUUUUAUAUCAUGUGGCCUACAGUCCCCAUGUUUUGGUCGAAUCUGGUACAUGAAUACAUUUGGAAGAGAGCUUACACUCAAGAUCGUGGAAAUGUACAAUUUGCAAUUUUUCUUCUUAAAUUUCAUUUGAUGAACAAAUGCAGUACAAAUAUGCAAACAAAUAUCAGAUGUGAACCUGAGGGACCCAACAUGUUU